AUGGACUACGUGUUCAACAUGCUUGAGCAGUACGCUUCCACGUUGGAGGGAGAAGUCGAGGAGAGGACGAAGCAAUUAGCAGAGGAGCAGAAGAAAAGUGACCUGUUGCUGUAUCGAAUGUUACCCAGACAAGUGGCCGAGAAACUGAAACUUGGACAGUCGGUUGAGCCUGAGACGUUUGAGAGUGUGACCGUGUUCUUCUCAGACGUGGUCUCGUUUACAACCCUUGCCGCCAAGUGUAAUCCUAUGCAGGUUGUGAGCCUGCUGAACGACCUAUAUACAAUUUUUGACAGUAUAAUCGAUGCCCACGAUGUCGAAACGAUAGGCGAUGGUUACCUCUGCGUGAGUGGACUACCACACAGAAAUGGUCAACAACACAUAAAAGAAAUAUGCAGCAUGUCGCUCGGAUUCAUCGAAAGCCUCAGAAGUUUUCGGAUACCUCAUCUACCUCAGCAAGGCGUCAACCUGAAGAAUCGGAAUGCAUACAGGUUAACUAUGUAA